UACCGGGUCUGGAUAGGCCGCAGGAGCUGAUGGUCAGUCGGUGCAGUGCUUAGCAUGGUGCUUCCCUGGCUUCCGAGAGCCACCAGCCCCACAGGCGGCGCUUUGGAGUAAACGAAGCCUCUAGCUAUGGCGCCGUCGCCUUCCCGGACCCUCUCGUGACGCCUCUUCCUGGGGCAAGUGGACCCUCAUGGGUCGGGACUGGUGGCGCGGAGUCAUGCUUGUGCGGUGGGCCAUUGGGGCCGCGCGACCUGGGCUGCCCAGGGCCCGGUCAGCGCCGACCCUUAGGACUGCUGCAAAGUCCUGGACCAUCGACAGGCUCUACAGCUCUGCGGAGCUCAAGGUGACGGCCUCUAAGCCUCCGGAAAAACCUGACAUGUCUAAAUUUCUUGUUGAAGAUAUUAGAAAUUUCAGCAUCAUUGCACAUGUGGAUCAUGGCAAAAGUACAUUAGCUGACAGGCUUCUAGAACUGACAGGAACAAUUGAUAAAACAAAGAAUAAUAAGCAGGUUCUUGAUAAACUGCAAGUGGAACGAGAAAGAGGAAUCACUGUUAAAGCACAGACAGCAUCUCUCUUUUAUAGUUUUCAAGGAAAGCAGUACCUUUUAAAUCUCAUUGAUACACCAGGUCAUGUUGAUUUUAGUUAUGAAGUUUCCCGGUCGCUUUCUGCUUGCCAGGGUGUUUUACUGGUCAUUGAUGCAAAUGAGGGUAUUCAAGCCCAAACUGUAGCAAAUUUCUUUCUUGCCUUUGAAGCACAGUUAUCAGUAAUUCCAGUUAUAAACAAGAUAGAUCUGAAGAGUGCUGAUCCUGAUAAGGUUGAAAGACAAAUUGAAAAAGUAUUUGAUAUUCCAAGUGAUGAAUGUAUUAAGAUUUCUGCUAAACUUGGAACAAAUGUUGAAAGUGUUCUUCAGGCAGUUAUUGAAAGAAUACCCCCUCCUAAAGUGCAUCGCAAAAAUCCCCUGAAAGCUUUGGUAUUUGACUCCACCUUUGACCAGUAUAGAGGUGUGAUAGCCAAUGUUGCAUUAUUUGAUGGAGUGGUUUCCAAAGGAGAUAAAAUUGUGUCUGCACAUACUCAAAAGAUGUAUGAAGUUAAUGAAGUAGGAGUUUUGAAUCCUAAUGAGCAGUCAACUCAUAAAUUAUAUGCAGGACAGGUGGGCUAUCUGAUUGCUGGGAUGAAAGAUGUCACUGAAGCGCAAAUAGGAGAUACAUUAUAUUUACAUAAUCAUCCAGUGGAGCCCUUGCCUGGGUUUAAAUCAGCGAAACCAAUGGUAUUUGCAGGUAUGUACCCUGUAGACCAAUCUGAAUAUAAUAACCUGAAGAGUGCUAUAGAAAAACUGACUCUCAAUGACUCCAGUGUGACAGUACAUCGGGAUAGUAGCCUUGCCCUGGGUGCUGGCUGGAGGCUGGGAUUUCUUGGACUUUUGCAUAUGGAAGUUUUCAACCAGCGACUAGAGCAAGAAUAUAAUGCUUCUGUUAUUUUGACAACCCCUACUGUUCCAUAUAAAGCUGUUCUUUCAUCAGCAAAAUUAAUAAAGGAAUACAGACAAAAAGAAAUCACAAUCAUCAACCCUGCACAAUUCCCUGAUAAGUCAAAAGUAACAGAGUAUUUGGAGCCAAUUGUUUUGGGUACCAUUAUCACACCAGAUGAAUACACUGGAAAAAUAAUGAUGCUUUGUCAGGCUCGAAGAGCAAUUCAGCAAAAUAUGGUGUUUAUUGAUCAAAAUAGAGUUAUGCUUAAAUAUAUUUUCCCUUUGAAUGAAAUUGUGGUAGAUUUUUAUGACUCUUUGAAAUCCCUGUCUUCUGGAUAUGCCAGCUUUGAUUAUGAAGAUGCAGGCUAUCAGACUGCAGAACUUGUAAAAAUGGAUAUUCUACUGAAUGGAAAUAGUAUAGAGGAGCUGGUAACUAUUGUACACAGAGACAAAGCACACACUGUUGGCAAAACCAUAUGUGAACGUCUGAAGGAUACUCUUCCCAGGCAGCUGUUUGAGAUAGCAAUUCAAGCUGCAAUUGGAAGUAAAAUCAUUGCAAGAGAAACUGUGAAACCCUAUAGGAAAAAUGUUUUGGCAAAAUGUUAUGGUGGUGAUAUUACCCGAAAAAUGAAACUUUUGAAGAGACAAGCAGAAGGAAAAAAACGGCUGAGGAAAAUUGGCAACAUUGAAGUUCCUAAAGAUGCUUUUAUCAAAGUUCUAAAAAACACAAACUAAUAAAUAAUUCAUGGAAAACAUAAUAAAUUUUAAACUGUGUAAAGAACUUCAAAUUAAAAGCUGUGUAUAUUUUUUACAACAAUAAAAUGAAGAAGUUUCCUUAUUAGUUUCAGGAUUUUAAAUUUAAAUAAAGUUUAAGUAACCUAUUUCCUAA